UUAGAGUUUGAUCGAUCAUGGUAGAGAUCAAAGUAAAAAGGCACGAACCAGCACUAAUUGUACCAGAAAACCCAACAAAAAAUGAAACACUAGAAUUAUCAGACAUAGAUGAUCAACAAGGCGUUCGAGUUCAAGGUGCAGUGAUCAUGUCUUUCAAAAGGAGGUCAAAUUCAAUAAAAGGAGAAGACGAUCCAGCAAAAGUGAUUAAAGAAGCUCUUGCCAAGACACUCCACUAUUACUACCCUUUCGCCGGUAGGGUUAGAGAAACCGGCCAUCACCGGAAGUUGGUCGUGGAUUGCAACGGCGAAGGAGUGUUGUUUAUUGAAGCAGAUGCAAAUGUCACUCUUAACGAUAUUCAGACUCAAAUUAUUCCACCAUGUCCAUUGUUGGAUGACCUUCUUUUUGAUGUUCCUGGUUCAACUGGGAUCAUAGAUUGCCCUUUAUUGUUAUUUCAGGUGACUCGCUUGACGUGUGGUGGUCACAUAUUAGCAAUACGAUUCAACCAUACGAUGUGUGACAUGUUAGGGUUCAUGCAAUUCCUGUACGCUAUGGUCGAACUCUCAAGAGGUGCACAUAAGCCUUCAGUCAUGCCUGUUUGGCAAAGGGAGGUUCUAUGUGCUAGGGAUCCCCCUAAAGUGACUUAUACACAUCAUGAGUAUGAAAAGGGUGGAGAUAAAAGUCAUGAAGUAAUGAACAAGGAUGAAAGCAACAUUAUUGUCCCAGGAGGGUUCUUAUUUGGACCAGAAGAAAUCAAAGCAAUACGUAAUCAUCUCCCCUCCCAUCUUCAACACUCUUACUCCACCUUCGAGCUACUAUGUGCUUGUGUAUGGAAAUGUCGUGUGAAAGCCCUACAACCCGACCCGGAGGAUACGGUUCAAGUAUCUAUGACGGUUAGUGUCCGCGAAAACAACAUCAUUUUGUUGCCUUCUGGCUACUAUGGAAACUCAUUCGUUUCCCCUGCCAUAACAACAAAAGCUAAGAAUUUGAUGAUGAGUGAAAACUCAUUGUUAUAUGCCCUAAAAUUAGUUAAACAAUCAAGAAAUCGAGCAAACGAGGAGUACGUGAGAUCGAUGAUGGAUCUUAUGGUUAUGGAAGGAAGGCCAAAGUAUAAGGAUCAUUUGAGUUGGAUGGCUACUAAUCUGACCCGGAAAGGACUUGAAUUUGUUGAUUUCGGGUGGGGAAAACCGGUUUAUUCUGGAGUUCCUAGGGGAACUUCAUUAGUUAGCACUUUUACAAGGUUUAAGAAUGGUAAAGGACAAGAUGUUAUUGCUGUUGUUUUGUGUUUACCAAAUGAGGUUUUGUUAAGGUUUCAAAAUGAGUUGGGGAAAUUUGUUGGAGAUUUCUCACCAUUAAUUUCUCCUACAUCCAAACUUUGAUUUUGUACAACCUAAAGUGUAUUUGACAAAGAUUAAUUAAUGUUUCCUAGGUAGUAGCUAGGGCCUAGGGAGGUGGGUGGGUGCCUCGAUCGUUACCUCCAACUUCUCUUACUUUAUCUACCUAAUUACCUAAAGAUGCAAAAAUAAGGUUUAUGUUCUACCUCAAUCCUACUCUAUAGUAAAUAUCAUUUGUAUUCUAGACUAUGAUUUGUUACUUGAAAGAGGGAUACAUAGGACUCUUUGCACUUAUAUAUAAAGGGUAAGAGGCAAGAGUUAUAUUCUUUCUAUAUAAUGAGGGUGGUCCUACUUGUUAGUUACAAAUGUAUAUUUGCUCAU